GAGCGCGGGCGGCUGGGAAAUGGCUGCUGCCAGGGUGCGGGGGCGCAGCAAAAGCGGGGAGCUGGGGGAGUCUGGCCGCCCGGCCCUGUACUUCUGCGGGAGCAUUCGCGGCGGACGCGAGGACAGGACGCUGUACGAGCGGAUCGUGUCUCGGCUGCGGCGAUUCGGGACAGUGCUCACCGAACACGUGGCGGCCGCCGAGCUGGGCGCGCGCGGGGAAGAGGCUGCUGGGGGUGACAGGCUCAUCCAUGAGCGGGACCUGGUGUGGCUGCAGCAGGCGGACGUGGUCGUGGCAGAAGUGACACAGCCAUCCCUGGGUGUAGGCUAUGAGCUGGGCCGGGCUGUGGCCUUCAACAAGCGGAUCCUAUGCCUGUUCCGCCCGCAGUCUGGCCGCGUGCUUUCGGCCAUGAUCCGGGGAGCAGCAGAUGGCUCUCGCUUCCAGGUGUGGGACUAUGAGGAGGGAGAGGUGGAGGUGCUGCUGGAUCGAUACUUCGAGGCUGAUCCUCCAGGGCAGGUGGCUGCCUCCCCUGACCCACCCACUUGACUUAAUCUCACUUUCUUAAAUUCUUCUGUUCUCAGACACUGCUCUAGUACCAUUCCUUCCUGUUAGCCCCAGGAGCAAAUUAAAAGGUACAGUUAAAAUCCUAA